CGCAUGGAUAGCACCUUUCCUUUCGGGACAAAUGCUCGGCUUGUUGAUUCGGCCGAUGUGUCUAAUGGGUUGAGAGUAACAGGUUGACCUGCCAGAGUGGUUAAACUAUCCCACCUGAGCAGACAAAUCAUCCUCCUUCUAUUACAGUAUAUAAGAACAGAAUGUAAGAGAGUAGGGUUAGAGUCAGACAAGCAGAGGAACUAACGGCACCGUUCUUGUGAAGGAAAGAAGAAGAAAAGGUUAGAACCAUGAGAAGCUUCCUAGCUGGUAUCCUUCUGGUUGUGGGGUUUGUUCAGAGCAGCUGGCAGGUUCCUCUGCAGGAGGCGGGUGACAGCUCAAGCUUUGAGGCAGACAACACAUCAGUGGAUGAGCUGUCCAACAUGAAGAGACAUUCGGAGGGAACCUUCUCAAACGACUACAGCAAAUACCUGGAGGACCGGAAGGCUCAGGACUUUGUCCAGUGGCUGAUGAACAACAAGAGGAGCGGUGCUGAAGAAAAGCGCCACGCUGAUGGGACCUUCACCAGCGACGUGAGCUCGUACCUCAAGGACCAGCUAAUCAAAGACUUUGUUGCCAGGCUCAAGGCUGGACAAGUCAGAAGAGCAUCUGAAAUGGACAGGCGGGGGGAGGCGCUCAGCAGGAGGCAUGUAGAUGGAAGCUUCACCAGUGACGUGAACAAGGUGCUGGACUCCUUGGCUGCAAAGGAAUAUUUACUCUGGGUCAUGACCUCCAAACCUUCAGGGGAGAGUAAGAAAAGACAAGAGGACCAAUGAGACUCUCUUCAAGGACUCCCUUUGAUGCUGCAUUCUAAGCCAUAUACCGAAGGAAUAAAAAGCCAUACUGCUUUGCAUGUUGUUAUGCCAUUUCAAUGUGUACGUCUUUUUUUACUUACUGUAUGUGAUGCAGAGACAAAAAAAUCUUCCACAGCCAAAUGGUGCUUCAGAGAGAAGAAAUGAA